ACGGGCACCGUCUUGACGUCGCGGCAGAUAAUUCUCUGCAGAGAGGAAGCAUGAAAAUAGAGGCCUGCAGUUGUAGCUGAACUAGAAACAUGUCCAAGAAAAGGGGCAGGAAACGCAGCAGUGGAGAACUGAGCGACUCGCUCACCCCCGACCCCAACUGCCUUCUGGGAAAGAGAAUCCAGCACAGCUGGAGGGAGAAGGGUGCACUUACUAAGUGGAAAGGCACUGUUUUGGACCGGCUCACUGUCAAUCCUUCUCUAUACAUGGUCAAGUAUGAUGGUUUUGACUGCGUCUAUGGCAUCGAGCUCUUUAAAGACGAUCGUGUGUCCAACCUGCAGGUGCUCACAGAGAAGGUUGUAAACAAUAAGAUCAAAGUGUCGCAUGAUCCAGAGGAGCUGGUGGGCAAGGCAGUGGAGCAUCUGUUCGAGAAGGAAGAUGGAGAAAAGAACGAGUGGAGAGGGAUGGUGCUUUCUCGAGCCCCCAUCAUGACUAACUGGUAUUAUAUCACCUACGAGAAGGACCCUGUGCUGUACAUGUACCAGCUUUGGGACGACUACAAAGAAGGUGACCUGCGCAUUUUACCUGAAGCAGAGAACAAGCACCUGCUUCCUGCUGACCGGAAGCCCGGCGAGGAGACAGAGAGCCUUGUGGGUAAGCAGGUGGAAUAUGUUACUGACAAAGGAGUAAAGAGAACCGGGCUGGUCAUCUACCAAGUCCCCGCUAAGCCCUCAGUCUACUACAUCAAAUAUGAUGAUGAUUUCCACAUUCAUGUUUAUGACCUGGUCAAAACCACCUAAAAUACCACAACGAGACUUACAAAGACGCAUUCUUCUUCAUCUCCCAAUAACUGGCCACAUGUUUUUUUUCCCCUCCUGCUGUGGAUGGGUAGAAUGGCACGGAUGCUUGUUUCUUUUGUUAAGGGGCGCGUCUUGUAUUUGUCGACGUCCAAUCAUCGACAACAAGGCGCAAGGCCUCAAUUGGUAAUCUAAUCUUUAACAAGUCUUUUACUGUAUUUAUUUGUCGGGACGGCCAGAAAUUGUAAUCACAGCUUUAUAACGGGUAAUAUCGAAAAUUCACUAUGGAGAGAUGUACACAUUUUAUUUAUCAUUGUUAUUUACUGUUUUUAUAAUCAUGUUCCCAAAAUUCUUAAGCAGGCACUUAUAAAGCAGAUAGAUGUACAGAUAGUAUAAUAGUGAAAAGGCUUGACUGGUGGUUAACAGCAUUAUCACUCAAAUAUUCAGCACUAAAUGACGAAAGCAGUUAUAUAUAAAAUAGUUAUACUAAUACAAAUAAUAAAUAGGUAUCAUUUAUUGUCAGAAUUAGAAGGGAAAUCUCUCGUUUUCUUAAUAUAAUUUGCCCUGCCUUUAAAAAUAGAUUUGUUGUUAACUUCUUGAUUGUAGCACUUUCAGUUUUCACUAAAAUAACCAUAAAUUAAGCAGACACGUUGCUGUUUGGCGAUUUAAAGUUUCUCCAGAAACUUUUAAAAGUCGAAGUCAAGGCUCAGAUUGACUACAUGACUCCAGUUUGGGCGAACACCGUUUCAGCCAUGGUGUAACAGUGUACAGACAGACUUGUACACUUAUCCAUUCUUUAAACUCCUGUAAGUUGGACCUUGUAAUUAUGGCUCUGAAUUUUCUCUGUAGUAGAGUGAGGAAUUGGAUUUUUUUGGAAUGGUUAGCUAGUAGAUCUAGUUCUGAAUUGCUUUAAUUUAAAGAUAAUGUAUCCAGCAGGCUGGAUAGGCAGAGAAAGUAUGGAAAGUUUAACCAGAGAAAAUCUUGGAAGUGUAAUUUCUAUAUUUCGCUUGACGUGUAGGGUUGUUUCUGAUGACGGAAUAAACGUUUUCAAUUAAGCAACUCAUCUUAACAUAAUACAUCAGACUAUAUAAUAUAAUCUUAAAGACAUACAUUAUACAAGAGCCGUUGAAACAGUUAGAAAAUGUAAAGUGUAACCAUCAUAUUUGACUGUUUUAAUAGGGGAAAUGCUGUUAAAUGCAAAAGCUUUGAAAAAUACCAUUAUUUACCCUUAAAACAUCCAACAGAUAACAGCACUAAACUAACCAUGUGGCAGCACUGUGUAUUAAGCAGAGUGAAAAUUAACUCCUACUGAUAAAUGCAGUGCGUAAUGCAUAAACUGGAAAAGAGAAAGGAACUUAUAUAUUAGUCGUAUCCAUAAUAAAAUAGUCCAGUAUCUCUAGAACUACUAGAAAGUGCCCCCAAAGAUGAAUGGUUUAAUGAAAUUGACAAAAAAUUUAUUUUAUCUGACUGUUUGACCUUUUUUUAAUAGUGUUCCAUUGCCGAAUUAGCUCACCAAACCAGUAUCAUGUUACAAAUCUUGAUGUGUGUUACAACAUGCGCACACUCCACAGUCAUUAUGACUUAAUCCCUCGGCCCUCCAAAUAGUCAACGUCAUUUAAGUUAAUUAACUACGGGAAGAGGUGAAAGAUGGGCCCUAACUGAAGACACAAGGGCACAUUUUAAAACACGCUCCACUGAAGUCUCAUAGACUAGAGAAGUCUCUGCUAGAAGCACAUUAAAAUCAGCUUUUUUAAAUGAAAGCAGAUUAGUCUAUGCUGUUAGCUUCUGUUUAAUCGCAGUUAAAUUCUUUUUUUUUUCUCCUGGCUUUUAGUGUGUCCAAUUUUUACCCAAUUGCCCAGUUUCCUCUCUACUGGUGCUGACCUCCGCCCCGAUUGAGGAGAGCAAACUAACACAUGCCCCCUCCGACACGUGUGCAGUAUCCGACUGCAUCUUUUCACCUGCAUGAGGCGAGUUCAUAUGCGGAUCAGCAUUGGGUACAGAGAGACACACCCUGAUCAGCGCAUUAUUCCUUAACUUUGUGCAGGCGCCAUCAAUCAGCCAGAGGUCAUAAUUGCAUCAUUUAUGAGGUCCCUAUCCGGCUAUUCCCUCCCUGUAUGAACAACAAGCCAAUCGUUGUUUGUAUAGCCGCCGCCUAGUUCAAAAAUUUCUUUCAGUACUGGUUAUGUUGUAAAUUCCACCAUUGCUGUAUUCUGUAUUUAAUUCAUUUUGAACGUCUUCAUAUUUUAAAUCUGAUCAUUAGGUUAGAAGUUAGUUGUAACACAUGGCUUAUUCAUGAACUGAGUAUAUUCCAGUCAUGUGGUGACAUUUCCAACUUUUUUUAUCAGUUGUUAAAUUCUAAAAUGAGACUAAAAAUGAAUCACUCAGUUGAGCGAGCUUUUAUUUCCUCCCUCGUCUGUAAUAAAUGUACAGGUAGCGGGUUCCCAUAAUUUCAACUAUUCUGCAUGUAAUUCCGUACCAGGCAGUUUAAUUAACUGUCAUUAACUGUCCUCUGUUCAAAAAGAUAAAAAAAUUGUAACCUUAUAUGUAUGUAAAUAUAUUUUUUGUAAAUAAUGCAUAUAUGUUUGAAAUGAUAUGUUUUCGUUGGCCUGUUUUUGCUCUUAGCAGUCGCACUUUAUUUUAGCCCUAGUAUGUCAAAAAGGAAUAGCAAUGCAAAUGUAAUUACAUUUACAAGACAAAAAAAAUACAAUUUUUAAAUUUUAUGAUGAGUACAAAAAGUACAGUACAUGCUUUUAGCAAUCAUGGGUGGAAAUUCUUUAUUUGGACCAUUGAUUCACAUUGUAGCUCUUAUUAUACUAAUUAAAAAGCAUCUUUGUACAGAUGAAGCUGCAGUUUUAGCUUCCUACCAAAUAUGUCUUGCCCCUUGAAGCCAGAAAUGCUUUAACUGUUGUAAUCAGAAGCACAGCACACUUGUAUGUUAAUUUUGGAAUUAGAUUAAAAUCUGUGAGUCUGUUUUUCUCUUUUGUAGCAUUUGAUCUUGUGCUUGAGGCAAAUUAACACGAAAAUCAGAGUCUAACGGUUUAUAUAAAAGUGCAGAUCAUUAUAUUAAUAUUGGGGUUCAUUGCUUGUAAACAUUUGUACAGAUUAACAACCUUUUGCUGGGUUGUAAGAAUGUCCCUACUAAACGUGUAAGAGAGGAAAUGUGUGGAAAUGUGUACCAGUGUGUGUUUACAUACGUUUCUGUGAGUUAACCACUGUGUUCUCAUGUCUGAAAUCAGAAUUACACUCAUAAUUUCAGCAUGUUUAAACUUGCAUGGAUCUUUUAUAGUCCUACAUCUGUACAUAUGUGGAAAAAGGGGAAAAAUCUCUCCAGUAUUCUUGGAUGGCAAUAGGGGCAGGUUAAGAGAAGACAAAGCUAUGUUCAAUUAGCAACCAUAAAACUCACAAAUAAAUGUUUACUAGUAAACUGAGAGUGCAAUUUCACUUAAUACAGCCAGGCACUUAACACAAAGUACUGAAAAGCACUCACUCACUGUCGUAACCGAUUAUCCAAUUAGGGUCGCGCAGGUGCUGGAGCCUAUCCCAGCUUUUCAAUGGGUGCAAGGCACACAGUCCAUCACAUCCACAUCCACAUCCACUAAGGCGCCAGUCCAUCACAGGGCAGACACACACACACACACAUAGACACACCCAUUCACUUAUAGGGCAAUUCAGUGUCUCCAAAUAACCUGGCUGCAUGUUUUUGGACUGUGGAAGGAAACCGGAGCUCCCGGAGGAAACCCACGCAGACAUGGGGAGAACAUGCAAACUCCACACAGAAAGGACCCAGACCGCCCCGACUGGGGAUUGAACCCAGGACCUUCUUGCUGUGAGGCGACAGUGCUACCCACUGAGCCACCGUGCCGCCCUACUUAAAAGCAGUAAAAUAAAAAACAAAAAACACAGUUUUACUAUGUUUCUUCCUCCGCUAGGACAUAAUUCUACUCCGUAAACAACUACAAGGAACAAUGUACAAUGUUCACCUCAGUUUCUCCCUAAGUUUCACUAGGCUUUAAAAUGCCAUUGAAGAAACAGUAUACAAAAUAAACUUUGCACUUUUAUGGACACAGGAAGAAUCUUUCUAACCAUGGAAUAGUACAAGUAAUUAAUUCAGUAAUUAAGUAAACUUCCUCUCUGAGUUCUCAAAGCUUGGUUCAUAUCUUGCCAUGGAAAUAGCACAGUAGCUGGAAUGGCAUAAAGAUCCAACCAACCAACCAAACAUUAGAGUUAUGGAGAGCAAAGUGGAUUAGAGGUUUUAAAGGGUUUGUCCUGAGGAACCGAUCAGUUAAGGAGGAAACACAGAUGUGAUAUUUUAAUGUAAGUGAUGAACCCCAAAUAUCAAGAAUGUAUAUUUAAAAAGGUGACAUGGUCUCACCGAUUGAAAUCGUUAAUCCUAGUGUAAAACUCGAGUGCUGUAUUUUUGGCGCUAGGAUUUUCCCUGCUGUACAGUUUCACCAUAUAAUUAUUGUAAAUAAUUUACAUGCUGUGCGUUCGUUCUCUGUUUAUUUCCUGCUCGUUAUAAGGAAAUCUCUCUCUGACUCUUCUGUAAUGUGGUUUAAUGUGCGGUCUGUAAGCUUCCAGUUAUCUUCCUCUUCGAUACGUGUUCUUGUUAGUUGCUGCUUUUGCCAAAGUUAAAUUUUCCGUAGGCAACUUUCGGAAGUGUCAAAACUGUUCUUGCUGUCUGUGUAACAAUAAGUAGUAAUAAAUCAUAAAUAAAAGAGAUAUUUUUUGCA